UGGGUUAGAGGUUCAACUACGUUGAUAUGACUUUGGUGAGACUGUAAUGACGAAUCCAUGUACAGUUUUUGGUUACUUUACCCAAGGAAGAAGAGAAUUACAUUAAAAGGUCUGCAGUAAGUACUGACGUUUCUGACACCUCACUGUUGCUUGCUGUGGGUUAGAACUGACCUUUUAUGCAGCAAUGUCUUACGGACGAAUUGAGGACAAUCGCUUCAACUACCACUCUCAACCUCGGGACUUCAAUGCUCUCAUUCAAACAUGCAGUGCCAACAUCCAGAAGAUCUCUCAGAAUACUGCACAGAUAACUACAAUUGUGCAACAACUAGGAACGCAACAAGAUACAAGUGAACUUCAGGAUAGGCUGCAACAGCUGCAACACUAUACAAAUCAACUUGCCAAGGAAACCAAUAAACACCUGAAGGAGCUUGGAUCAUUGCCUUUAGCAUACAGUGAGCAGCGUCAGCAGCGAAUCCAGAAGGAACGACUCAUGAAUGAAUUUUCUGUAGCUCUGAACAACUUCCAGGCAGCACAGCGGAAAGCUGCAGAAAAAGAGAGAGAGUCUGUAGCAAGAGCAAGGGCAGCAUCACGUGUCUCAAGUGGUUUCAGUGAUGAUGAGGUCAAGGAGGAACCACUUGUAUCAUUCGAAAGUAAUGAAGACUGGAGUCAGACACAAGCUCAAUCUCAAGAGGUUGCAAUAACUGAAGAAGAUCUGGAACUCAUCAAGGAACGAGAGACAGCAAUCCGACAACUUGAGGCUAACAUCUUGGAUGUCAACCAGAUUUUUAAAGACUUGGCAAUGAUGAUCCAUGAUCAAGGAGACAUGAUUGAUAGCAUAGAAGCAAAUGUGGAGAGUGCAGAAGUACACGUUGAACAAGGAACCCACCAGUUGCAGAGGGCAGCUUAUUAUCAGGUAGGAUUGCACACUCUAAUUUGCUUUAAAUAGCAAUUUUCCCAACCA